CAGCGAAGUAGCACGUGACACGCGCUGUGUCGGCCUCGCCACGUCCUGUGCACGUUAGGUGAGCGGAAGCCUUGUGGAGGCAGGCUCGCCACAUGGAAACGAACUGCUUGAGGAUAUAAUAUGCCCUCUGAAUGUCGUGGCUGGCCGAAACGUUUGUAGAGUCUGUUGCUACAGACGACACGGCUGGCUCAAACCUCGUGUUGCGCGUCCCUGCACUUCGCCGUCGCUUAGCGACAUUUAGCUGCCGUCUGCUGACUUUAUAAGGGUGAUCUAGGGUUCACCAGUGUAACUAGCAUCAACCAUGACAACCGUAGGAGUGCAGCCGCAGACAGUAGAGCGGGUGAAUGCCUUGCAGUUACCCAGCUAUGCCUACCACUACCCACAUUUCAAGAGAGUGCAGCUGGCGGCGGUAAAGGAGCAGCUGUUCCAUCCCAAUCUUCCGACUCUUCGCCGCAUGGAGAUGGACACACACAUGCAAAAGCUUCCUGACGAACACUCUAGGACCUCCACAACCUGCGGACCUGAUGACUUUGCCCGUGCAACCUCCAGUCGUUUUAAGCCAGCUCCUCUGCAACUGUGCAGUCUGAACAUAACAGACCAGGGUAGAGAAAUCCACAGAUGCUACACUACCCCAGAGGAGCUGAAGAAAGUUCGUGACGAGUGGAGUGCGUUUCUGUGCAAGUGCCCCGAGCGAUUCGACAUCAAGCUUCCAGAAGUUCCCCCGAAAAAAGAUCUACACUUCACUGGGUAUGCAGUUCGUUACCUAAGGCCGGACGUUACUCGUGGGUGGAGAUACACGCUGCAGCAGGAGCCAAGGCUGGACCAGUUUGGUCAGAAACCAUUGCCUGCAAAUAUUUACGCUCGCUAUCGUGACACGUACCCCAAGUACUUCCGUAAUGUGGCCUCCUCUGCCUGGCGGUAAGGCCAACAGACUGAGCCGGCGGCCUGGUGCUAAGGCUAGCAGCCCCGGGGUCGUGAGGUGUGGUAGCCGUAUAACCAAAACAGUCCAGCACUCAUCAUUCAACACAGCCUCUCACGAGAGCCUACACUUGUUCUCUCGUACAGACCACCUCAAGCUGCCAUCUGUAGUUGUUUGACCUCCUGAGCUAUGGUCAUGGGCAUCAUCAAUCAGUAUUAUACUUUUAUAGUCCUCUGGAUGGUAUUUAACAUCAUCAAUCAGUAUUAUACUUUUAUAGUCCUCUGGAUGGUAUUUAAUAUCAUCAAACAGUAUUAUAUAGCCUUUUACUAUAGUAUUUGUGUGCCAUAGACAUUUGUUUCUUUACAAGCUGCAAAGGUUAAAGGGGAUGGAUAUACCUUGACUACUAUUUGCAAUGUCAGUAUUAUUGGAAGAAGAUUCCCACUUGUAUGUAGAUACAUUUGCUGUAUUACCGAAGCAGUAUUGCCGCGUAGUCGAUGAGAUGCAUGCAUACUGAUGGCAAGGUUUAGAUGCCGAGAUGACUGCUUGUUCCAAAGAUCAUUGUUACCGAAUCAGUAUUGUACUGCCUAACCCCGGCUGUGAGCUGACGGCAGGUGUGCGUCGGUGUCUGCAGCAAGUCUACACGUGAUGCACAAGCUGCUGCAGACUCCAUCUCUCCCGGUGUACAUGAAGGAUACACCAGGACUGGCUACAAGAUCACGGUCUGUCACUUGGUACAGGCUAGAAGUAGUAUCCUGCACAUGCCAUCACGGCGGCUCACCUGCUGCCACCCGUUUCCCUUUCCCUACCACCACAUUCGAGUCUGUAGUCUGGUAAGAUGGAGAUCUGUCAGUGAAAGUGAGUAAUCUGACCUACUCUCGUAGUUUUUCGUCCUUCCCUUUCGUCUUGUUAUGUUUAAACUGCAAAAUAAACUGCCUGUCGAGUUA